AUGGUGAGUUGUAGUCGGGGUCUAUUCAAAACUCUACUGAACAUUAUCUCAGUCUACGACUUGCCUACAGAACUACUUUUCAGUCUUGCUGUUGUUGGCAGGGCAGAGCGUCCCUCACAAGAGCCUGUAGACUCAGUCGAUGCGCAGUCUCGCGCAACAGUGAACGACGGCGUGUCGACAUCGACAUCAUGCACUCUUUGCAAAGUCUCUCUCUCUUCGGUGCAAGACCAAAGGCAACAUGUCAAGUCAGAUUUUCACCGAUACAAUCUCAAGUUGAACAUAAAACAGAUGCCGCCGAUAGAUGAAGCCACUUUUUUUCAAAUGAUUGGUGAUCUGGAUGAGUCUCUGUCAGGCUCUGAGUCGGACACCUCAGAUGACAAUGACGAAGAGGGAAAGCCUGGAGAGAGCACCUUGACUGCACUUCUCAAGAAACAAGCGAAACUGCACAAUAGUAAUCAAGAAGAAGAGAAUAGUUCCACGAGGAAAAUAGGUGCCGGCAGUGCACCCAUGUUCUGGUUGUCUAGCCCAAAGCUUGCAGACGAUACAGGUCUCGGAGUCUACAAGGCUCUUCUCUCACACUCAGACCAAGAAGCAACCGCAUCGUCAUUAGUAGAUAUCAUCAAGGGUAAACAACUCAAGGCUACCGUUGCAAAGCAAAGCGGUGGUGCAAAGGCAUCGCAGCCUGGCCAGAAUGACCCUCAUUUCUUUUUGUGUAUGAUUGGUGGUGGCCAUUUCGCAGCCAUGAUCGUUUCACUGGUACCAGAAUUGCGAAAAGGCCCUGGUGGCGUGGAAGAACGUCACGCUAUUGUACAUGCGCAUAAAACCUUUCACCGGUAUACGACUAGGCGGAAACAGGGCGGAUCCCAAUCUGCAAAUGACAAUGCCAAGGGAAAUGCUCAUUCUGCUGGAUCGUCGAUACGAAGAUAUAAUGAGAUGGCGUUAGAAGCCGAUGUCAGAAAUGUUCUAGGUGAAUGGAAGACGAUGAUUGACACUGCGGAGCUCCUUUUUAUCCGCGCGACGGGCACAACAAAUCGCAAGACCCUCUUCGGGCCUUAUGACGGACAGGUCCUGCGCAAUAAUGAUAAGCGACUACGAGGAUUUCCUUUUAGCACUCGCCGCGCAACCCAGACUGAGCUGCUCCGGUCGUUCCAUGAGCUCACCAGGUUGAAGGUUGGCAAGCUAGUUGAUCCCGCAGUGGAAGACAAACCCGUGAUAAAGACUGCUCCAAAAGACCCAAAACCCAAGCCCACUGCGCCUAAGUUGACAGAAGAGGAAGAAGCCGCGCAAUUACAUACAAAUCAGCUUCAGGCCCUGAUUCGAAGGUCCAAAGCUCCCGGUGUUUUGCAGUAUCUGACCAAGAACCAGCUCUCGCCAGAUUUCUCUUUCUGGCCUUUAUCAGAACACUAUCAUGCGCCGACCCCACUUCAUCUCUCUGCCUCGACGAACUCUCCAGCCCUGGUGUUGACGUUGCUCACCAAAGCCAAGGCCAACCCGACGGUUGAAAAUGGCGAUGGCAAGACACCCUAUGACAUUGCCGGGGAUACCAGAACCAGGGAUAGUUUCCGCGUUGCACGCCACCAGCUCGGCGAGGACGCAUACGACUGGUCUAAGACUCACAUCCCAACAGGUAUAACGCAAGAAGAGUCCGAUGCCAAAUCUCAGCAGGAUAAGGUGGCUUCUGACGCCGCGGAGGCACGGCGCCGCAAAGCAGACCUGGACCGAAUUCAGCAAGAAGACCAUAAAAUGGCUGGAAGGAUGGAGCGGAAAGCCGGAGCCGGCAAGACCCUGAUGGAGAAAACUGGUUCAGACCGGCGAGAGGAGGAGACCAGAGGCCUGACUCCUGAAUUAAGAAUGAAGUUGGAGAGGGAACGGAGAGCUAGGGCGGCUGAAGAGAGGCUCAGACGGAUGCAGGGUGCUCAGUGA